GCGCUGCCUUUCGACCACUCCGAACGGACCCCGUCCAGGCUCUGAGCAAAAGAUCCGGGGAGGAGUCGGCCCAAAUCCACCGAGACGGGUGGUCCAAAGCUUCAAGAAAGGCGCCCGAUUGGCUUAGCUCGACUUUCCAGCCGAGAUCCGGCUCCAGUUGCAGACGAAGCCCAGCCCACCAUGGACGGAGAGAGAUGAGGGAGGAGAUUGGGGGGGAUCGGAGUGGGACGCCUCUGCUGCUGAAGCUUCUGAGUCUGGACGAGCAGCUUUGCCUCCUUUAGGCGCGACAAGGCGAGGGGAUCCCUCCCGGGAGACUCCAACGUCCUCCCGCGUAUCAGCUGGCGCUGGAGCUUUCCGAGGAAACUUUUCCUAAUGGCGCCCCCAAAGUUAGUUCGUGCUUUAUCAGGCCAGCCUAGCGCUGUAGUCCUCCUGGACAGGGUUAGCAGGGAUUAAGCGCCGUCCUAGCAAGACUGGUUGCUGAGUAAACAUGCCCAGGGUUGUACCCUGAGUUCCUUUCUCCUCCACCCGGGUCUGCUGCCAUGUCUGCUGCUGCCGGGUCGUCAUCACCGACGGGCCCCUGUUUCCAAGAAGUCGGGCUGCAGCUCCUGGCGCAUCUUUACCAACUAUCGCCCGGCUUGCUGGCUCUGGCGGUGGUGCUGGGGAUCGGACUGGGGAUCGGGGCGGCAGCCGUGCUGUGGCUUUGCGGAAUCGGACGUCGUCUGAUCCAGCCAAAGAAGGACGAUUCCCAAAGGCUGGUGGAAGGUGAUCACUCUGAUACACAGGAACAUCUUCAUGAAGAUCAUCCCUUACCAGAAAAGAAGGAAACAGAAACUUGGACAGCUGCAGAAGUGGAUAGCCAGCCUCCUUGGGAUACUUCCAUUGCAGAAUUCGCCCUGAAAGCAAAGGUCAUCUAUCCAAUCAAUCAAAAAUUCAGGCCCCUGGCAGAUGGCUCAUCCAAUCCCUCACUGCACGAGAAUCCCAAACAGGCUGUUCUGCCUAAUCAGAUCCUGGACGUGUCUUCUUCAAGCAGCCUUGGGUCCCUUAGUCAGAGAGAGAAAGAGGAUUGUGCUUCAUCCACUACAAUACAUUCUGCAGCAAGUGAUGACCGAUACCAGGAUCAGACUUUCCUCAAAGUGGCAUCUUUCCCUGAAGUACUGACCUGUGAUAUAUUUGAUGUAAAGAUGUGUUUGUACAGCCUCUUUUUGAAAAAUCUCCAUCUUCUGGAUGCAGAACAAAGGAAAGAAAAAUAUGUGGCAGUUCUUCAUAUUUUCAGAACGUAUGUAGCAAAUUUGCAUCUUAAAAAGAAAAUUCCAGAAAAUUUGUAUGAAAAUAUCCUUCAUAAACAAGAAAUGGCAUUUGAGGAACUGCAAAACCAGCUCCGAUCCAGACUUCUGAACACUGAGAUGUCAGGAACUCAUGAGUCAGAGUAUCAGACCUUGGAUGACUUGGAAAGGAAAGAAAGAGACUAUUCUGAUCACAUCCUAGAUAAUAUGGAAGCUUUCUGGAAACACACCAACCAAGCCUUGCUUUUUUUCCUGGACCAAUCAAAGUGCUCAAGGGCAAAAGCAAAUAAAAUCAUGCUGAGCCUGACUGAGAAAAUGAUUUGGGUGGAGGAGUUACUGAAGAAAUUUCAGGAUUUGCAGACCAUGGCCAUCCAAGAAAGAAUGUUUAACUGGGAGCAACUGGUGAAAAUUAUCAAUAUGUUGAGAAAACAGAUACAGGAAGAAAGUAAAUGCAGACUCAAAGCUGUAUCAAAUAUACUGGAUCAGUUAACUAAAAAGGACAACCUCACUGUGAAACAAAGGGAGAAGCUUUUAACAGGCAUCCAUAAAGUAUUUUGGGAACAUGUGGAACAUUAUGAAGAUGAAUGCAUUCAGCUAGGUAAAGAUCUAAUCCAAAAAUACCUUAUGAGUCACACAAAGAAAAUAGAAUGCCUUAAAGAACUUCAGGAAGAUGAGCAAAGAGACCUCCUCAGCAAAAGCAAGCAACUGGAAAGCCUUGAUGAAUUUUUGAAGGCAUAUCAUGAAAUGACAAAAUGCCAGAGAAAAGCACGAUGUAACCUGGAAGAAGAGAGUGAUUGUGAAAUUUGUGAGGCUCUGGCAGAUGUCUAUAAGAAGCUGUAUUCUAGAUAUUCCCAAACUCUGGAGGACUUGGUGGUUCAGCUGUUUCUUCAGACCCUUCCUGUUGUAACUGGGUUGCCACUAAGAGAAUGUGAGCUUCUGAAAGAUGAAUUGCAAGAAGAGCUGGCCCUGCAGUUAGAAGAAUCAGAGAGGUGCAAACAAAAGCAUUGGACUUUCUUCCAAGAACAACUACAACAAGAACAGGAGCUAUGGAUGAAAGAGCACGCCUUCUCUGCAGUGAUGCAAAAUCAUUUGACAGAAACAAAUGAGAAGAGUAUCCAAUGUGUGUUGAACAGAUUAGGCGGGCUCAGCAAGGAGUCUUCCAAAUAUAUAUCACAGAAACACAAACUCUUGCUAAGCUCAGUCCUGAGAAGGCUAGCUCUCCGACAGGUUAUUAUGAGUGUGUUGGCUCAAAUAAGAAUAUCCCGGAAAAGAAGCUUUGUUUUGGAGCUGAAAGAGCAGCACCGACUCCAACAGAGUUCUUCCCACUGCUUUGAUGAACAUCAGUGGAAGCAGCUGAAAGAAAUGGAGUCACACAUUGCAGAAGAGGAAGAAAAGCUGGAGAAUGAGAUGCGAGAGACAAGGCUAGAAUUUCACCAGCAAUUAGUUGCAGAAACCCAAGAGAGUCUUCAGUUUCUACAGCAACACAUGGAACAAGCACUUGGCUGUGCCUUGCUCCAUCAUGCCCGGCAAGAGGCUGCAAAACAUAAUACGGAUGGAAGAGAAGACUUCAAGGAGAUACUGAAAGAAGCUGUUGUGGAGAGCGUAUACAUCACCAACACUGGACUUCGCCGGCUGCUGCAAAGUUACUGCGUGCAGCUAGCAAAAAUCCAAGAAAGUCACGAAGAUGCAGAACUGAAAAUAUUUCAGGCAGAAAGGACUGAAUGCAAUAGAUAUCAAAGAAGACAAGAUGAUGAGCAAAGAGACCAUCAAGGCACUCUGAAUUCUUCAGCUGCAGGCCAGGAAAGAAACAUUCUCCUUUGCAUCUGUCUCCUGGCAUCUGUCUCCUGGCCUGUCAUUGAAGGAAUGUGAGGCUUCCUGUAUCCCCCAAAUUUAACUGUCCUGGCAUUCUUUGCCCUGGCUUUAUUGUUUGCAUGAACAUCUUGGUAGAAGGGGCUUACAACCAGAGCAAUCGGUUCUUUUAAAGGGCUUAUCUUUUUCUUCUGCGGUAAGUGUGAGCUGGAAACUGCUGAUUUCUGAUAACAGGUUUUGUAUCAGGAUUAAACAUGCAUACUACUUCUUAGUUACUUUCUGGUAAACUCUGACUGUUGUUAAGAGACUGGGUAUAAAAUGGAAACAAGAGCAUUCAAUAUUACAUACAGGUAUCUGUCUCAAAUGCACCUGUGCUGAUCCAGAGGUUCCUUUAUAGUUUUAGGAGCUCUAGUGUGCUUAUAUGGGGGUCACACACAAGCAAGGGCUUCCCCUAAAUCUUCAGUAUCAAGAGCAGCUCUCUGCAAAACUCAUGUACAUACCUCACACCAGAUCUGAAACCUGUUCACUCAGCAGUUCUGUGUGUGCAUUAGAACAGUCAGGAACACCCACAGAGCUGUGGUUUGGAGCCCCUGUAUAUUUUUCUAUGCUCCCCAAACAAAAAAAAAAAUGCCUUAGGUACUCCCAGUGAGAAAUUGCACCAUAGAAGGUAAUGGCAUGAAAUGUCUGUCCACUUUGAAAGGCUUGUAUAAAUGGAGCUUUUUAUAAACUGCAUCAACUUGAGACUUGUACGCAUAAAUGGUUUUAUAAAUUGCAUCUUGAGACUUGUACUUGUCUGUGUCUUCUAAAGCCUCUUCUGCAUGAC